AUGGAGGAAAGUACUAAUAGAGGUGAGUUUCAGUCUAGUUUGGCUAAGCUCUCUUCAUUAAGAUCAGGUGCUAGUUUUAAAUCAACAUUAUCCGGAAGAUCCACUCCGCCAAGUAAUUCUCCUUCGUUUCGAAGAUUGAAUUUGAGUCGAACGCCGAGGAAGGACGGACGGGGUUUUGGCGGUUCGAUGUUGUUUCGGAGUAAUCGCGUGUUGUUGUGGUUGCUUCUGAUUACUCUAUGGGCUUAUCUUGGAUUCUUUGUUCAGUCUAGGUGGGCACAUAGUGAUAAGAAAGAGGAGUUUUCUGGAUUUGGGACUGGGCCCAGGAAUACUGGUUUAGACUCUGAUCCGAGUCUUCGUCGUGAUUUGAUUGGUAGGGACGAGUCUUUGUCUGUUAAUAAUGGUAUAAUUAGAAAUAAAGAUGGGAUUGGUAGAACAAUAAAUGUGGCUUUGGCUUUGGCAAAGAAACAAACUAAUGAUGAUGAUGUUUCAUCUCAUCGUAAAGUGAGUUCGAGGAAAAAGAGUAAGCGAUCUUCGAAAGGUAAAGCCCGCGGUAAGAAAAAACUGACAGUGGAAAUUAAGAACAACACUAUAGAGGAGCAGGAACCGGAAAUUCCUCAAACAAAUAGUACAUAUGGGUUGCUUGUUGGUCCAUUUGGUUCCAUAGAGGAUAGGAUAUUGGAAUGGAGUCCUCAGAAGCGUUCUGGGACAUGUAAUAGGAAGGGGGACUUUGCGCGUCUGGUUUGGUCCAGAAGAUUUAUCUUGGUGUUCCACGAGCUUUCCAUGACGGGAGCCCCGCUUUCAAUGAUGGAGUUGGCUACAGAGCUUUUGAGCUGUGGAGCCACUGUUUCAGCUGUUGCACUUAGCAGGAAGGGUGGUUUGUUGUCGGAGCUUUCUAGAAGACGAAUCAAGGUGCUGGAGGAUAAAGCAGAGCUCAGCUUCAAAACUGCAAUGAAGGCUGAUCUCGUAAUUGCUGGUUCAGCAGUAUGUGCAUCAUGGAUUGAAAAAUAUAUUGAACGUUUUCCUGCGGGAGGGAGUCAAGUUGCUUGGUGGGUUAUGGAAAAUCGUCGAGAGUACUUUGAUCGUUCAAAGGGUGUCUUGCACAGAGUAAAGAUGUUGGUUUUUCUUUCUGAUUCGCAAUCUAAACAAUGGCUAAAAUGGUGUGAAGAAGAAAACAUAAAAUUGAGAUCUCAACCCGAAAUUGUGCCUUUGUCUGUUAAUGAGGAACUGGCAUUUGUAGCUGGCAUUCCCUCUACACUUAACACUCCAUCCUUUAGUACUGAUAAAAUGAUUGAGAAAAAGCAGUUGUUGCGAGAAUCGGUUCGAAAAGAAAUGGGAUUAACGGAUAAUGAUAUGCUUGUGAUAUCUCUGAGUAGCAUCAACCCCGCAAAGGGCCAGCUGCUGCUUCUUGAAUCAGCAAGCUCGGUAGUAGAACAUAUACAGUUGGAAGAUGGUAAAAAAAUGAAAAAAUUAUCAAAUAUAAAGGAAGGCCUGUCUACUCAGGCAAGAAGACAUCGUGCUAGAAAACUGUUACCAUUGUUGAAGAAAGGCAAAGUAGCUUCGAAUGAUAUCUCAAGCAAUUCUAUAAGCAGGAAACAAUCUCUCAAAGUUCUCAUUGGUUCUGUUGGAUCUAAAAGUAACAAGGGGGAUUAUGUUAAAAGCCUUCUAAGUUUCUUAGAACAGCAUCCCAACACUUCAAAAUCAGUUUUGUGGACUCCAUCCACAACACAGGUUGCGUCGCUAUAUUCGGCCGCAGAUGUUUAUGUCAUAAACUCUCAGGGACUUGGAGAGACAUUUGGACGGGUGACUAUAGAAGCAAUGGCAUUUGGUCUUCCGGUUCUUGGAACGGAUGCGGGGGGAACGAAGGAGAUAGUCGAACACAAUGUUACAGGUCUUCUUCAUCCAAUUGGACGCGCAGCAGGGAACGAUAUCCUUGCACAGAAUCUUCGAUAUUUGCUCAAAAACCAGUUGGCAAGGAAACAAAUGGCAAUGGAAGGAAGAAAGAAGGUGGAGAAGAUGUAUUUGAAGCAACACAUGUAUAAGAAAUUUGUUGAUGUUAUUGUUAGAUGCAUGAGAAGCAAAUAA